CCCUCCAACUCCCCCUCCACCCUGUUUGCUGGGAUUGACAGGACGCUUGCAGCAGCAGCAGCACCCCACACGACGAUAGGGAAAAAAGAAUCGAGCGAAACUUGGAGGAUAUCGAGGGCUGGGAGGGGAAAGACAGCGUUACAAAAAAUAUAGACAUACAAAAAAUAUAUAAAUCUGCAACUUCAACCUUUGGCUCGCCGUUCCAAUCUCACGUGCGCGGCUGCUCCAGAUUUUGCUCGCGCCUGUGUGCUGACCGGAGCGCGCGCCCUAUCUCGCACAACCAGUGUGUUCUGCUGAGAAACGAACGAACCCCAGUGCGAACCGACAGCCUUUGACCAGAGAGGAUGGCUGAUAGGGAACAACUGAUCCAAAGAGCCCGUCUGGCGGAGCAGGCGGAGCGCUAUGAUGACAUGGCCUCCGCGAUGAAGCUGGUCACAGAGUUGAACGAGCCCUUGUCUAAUGAAGACCGCAACUUGCUCUCGGUGGCCUACAAGAAUGUGGUGGGGGCCCGGCGGUCAUCUUGGCGUGUAAUAUCCAGCAUAGAACAGAAGACAGCGGCGGAUGGCAACGAGAAGAAGCUGGAACUGGUGCGCGUCUACCGAGAGACCAUCGAGAAGGAGCUGGAGUCAGUGUGCCAAGACGUUCUCACCCUGCUGGACCAGUACCUCAUCAAGAACUGUGACGACACCCAGGUAGAGAGCAAGGUCUUCUACCUGAAGAUGAAGGGCGACUACUACCGGUACCUGGCCGAAGUGGCCACCGGCGAAAAGAGGGCCUCUGCAGUCGAAUCGUCAGAAGGCGCCUACAAAGAGGCUUUCGACAUUAGCAAGAGCAUGCCGGCCACCCAUCCCAUCCGCCUGGGCCUGGCGCUCAACUUUUCCGUCUUCUACUACGAGAUCCAAAACGCACCCGAGCAGGCCUGCCAGCUUGCCAAGGAAGCCUUCGAUGACGCCAUCGGCCACCUGGACAAUCUGAACGAGGACUCCUAUAAGGACUCCACGCUCAUCAUGCAGCUCCUGCGGGACAACCUCACCCUGUGGACCAGCGACCAGCAGGACAGCGAAGGAGGAGACGCCAAUAACUGAGAGAUCAGCCAUGUCCGCUCUCACUUCUAGCUGUAGUAGCACCUGUCUCUGUCCCUUCUUUGAUGCUACAUCUUAUUUCUCUCUGUCUGCUCCUUCAUUCUCUCUCUAUCUUCUCCAUUCCAUCUUUCUCGUCUCUUUGUGACACCUCAAUGCUCUUCUUUGGUUCCUCAGGGCAGCCCUUCAGACCCUUGAUUGCUCUCUCACCUGUUUUACCCCUUUCCCUCCUACAGGAUGCCGGUACCCAAUCUGAACUGUUCCACUGCAGAAAAGGUGGUUCUGGGAUGGAAAAAUGACAUUGGCCUCUAAAACCUGCUUGUCUUGAACCUGGAGCCGAUAAUGUCACAUGUCCGCUAGAUUUCAAAACAAAUACAAGACGCAAAACAAAACUAGCCCCCAAAGCAAAAUAUAUAAAGCAUUCAGUUCACACAUAUUGUCAUUUUAUUCCUUAUACAUUACUUGCGAUGUACUCUGGAUGUUAGAAUGCAUUACUGCAACCUGAUUCUUACUGCAGGAAUCAUAAGCAAAUUUGAAAUGCUUUAUUUACAAUUAUCAUACAUGCAAAUUGACUACUAUGAAAACUACUAUGAAUUUUAAUAUAUCAUACUCAUAAAUACAAGGAUUCAAAGAACAUUCAUUGAAUGUUCAGAUGUAUUCCUAAAUGAUUCAUAAAAAAUUAAAAGGAUUUUAGAAUAUAUGCGCAAUUUGAAUCCUAUUGAUUUUGUUAGUUAUAUAUUGCUUAUGAUAUAAAGACGCUAACUUAAAUUAAUUUGGAUGUUCAAAUGUAUUCUCAAAACACAGCAUAUAAAAAUAUAUAACAUUUUCUUUUGUUAUAUAUUUGUCAAACACCAAAUCAAAUAACUGAAUGCUAAUAUAUAUUGUCAAAAAAAAAAAAAAAAAAAAAAAAAGACAGUGAAGCGGCAUGUUUAUUUGUCAGUGGUCACUUGUUAUGUCACUUGCUCUGCCCUCAAGCUGGUUCUGAGAACAUUUUGGUGAAAAAGGGGUAUAUAUUUACCCUAGUUUGCUCAGUUUUCCCACCUACUCCUCUUCUUCUGUCCUUGACCUCUUUUUCUGUAUAUGAUUCUCUUCUCCCCCCCCCCACAAAGAGUCACUGAUUGCCUACUGGGGCUGUAGUACAGAAACUUCCUAAUCUUAAUUCUUGGUUGAAGAUAUGAAAAAGUUCUGUUUCCCAAGUAAAAUUACCCUGGUUACUAAACAGAUAAGAUAGGAUUCUAAGUUAGGAUGCUUCAGUAAUAUAGCCUCCACAUGACAUUUAGUGUGUACUUUUAAGGAUUCAAUCUUCAUAGAGACUCUGUAACACUUAUUACAGGAUGAGAUCUUGAGUAUGUGGCACAGUAUAGUGCUAAUGUUACACCUUACUACGUUAUUCUUCCUCUUCUUUACUUGUCUUUGAUCUGUACCUCCUUCACUGCUUAAAUGUGUUUGUCUGUCGUUCCCCCAAGCUCACCUUGUACAUCUUGCUAGCCCUGUGAAUUGUGUAUAUCUGCUGAUCUCGAAACAUGUUGUCAUCCAAAAUGUGGGUGACACUCUGUUAUGAGACGCAGUGAUCAAGAGUCUUUUGAUUAGGAUAACAUAUGCAAGGUUAUGACAGAAUGACAUUAAAGACAUUGCUUACCAUGGGAACUCUCAAAA